AUGGAGUUGGCAAGUGAGGCCUUGGCCACCAUGAGCAUUCAGAAGGGUUGGGAGAGGAGGGCCUCCUUGCCUACACUGCUCUUCAUGACCAUCUUCUUCCUGGAGUCCUUGGCUGCCAUGCUGCAGAAUGGCUUCAUGACGGCUGUGCUGGGCCGGGAAUGGGUGCAGGGCCGGGCACUGCCCACGGGAGAUGUGAUUGUGGCCUGCCUGGCUGCCUCCCGGCUCAGCCUACAUGGCGUGGCUGUCACGAACAACCUCCAUCCACAACUCCACCCCAACAUGGGCUACUUUGCCGUCCUCUGGAACUUCAUCAACACGUUCACUUUCUGGCUGACUACCUGGCUUUCUACCUUCUACUGCUUGAAGAUUGUCUCCUUCUCCCACCCCACCUUCCUCUGGUUCAGGUGGAGGUUUUUCCGCUCUGUGUCCAGGCUGCUGCUGGGGUCUUUGGCCAUCUCUGCCCUGACCGCCAUCCCCUCGGCCAUCAAGAAUACCAUUGUGAUUCAGAUGGUAGCCUCCCUGCCACCCCACACCAAUGACAGCUGGGCUGAUUGGGUAAGGAUUUUCAGUAGGAACUUCUUCCUAUUCCAGGAGAUACUGGCCCACUCAGUGCCCUUUCUGCGGUUCCUGCUGCCCACUGCCUUGCUUAUGUUCUCUCUGCACCGGCAUGUGGCCCAGAUGAGGGCCAGUCAGCACGGGCCCCAUGACCCUAGUACCCAGGCUCACACCAUGGCCUUCAAAUUGCUGGCCUUCUUCCUUCUCUUCUAUAUGUCCUACUUCCUGUCCCUGAUUAUGAGCGUACUGAAGAUCACAUCCACACAGUUCUACCAGUACUGGGCCUGA